AGUUAGUUUCUGGGAAACAUUCCUGGUUUUGCUCCGCCGCCUAAACCAAGAAAUCCGUAGUGUUGAAUCUGUCGCUGCGGCUCUGUAUUCUCGGGGUUCUCUUGCUAGGGCUCGCACCUCACACAAUAAUCAUGGAUCUAUUACGCUCGUACGCGGAUGAUGAAAUGGAGGGCCAAGAGCAAUCCGAAGAACUACAUGAACCCUCCUCUUCCGACCAAAACCCUAACUCUCAACUGUUGGAUCCUUCAAGUAACUCCUCGCCUGAUUCGUCCCCGAUUCGGGUUCCACUCCCAUCCAAAUCCGCCGCCCCGAAAAUUAACGACACGAUGCUGGCCCUCACAGUCGCCGGCGGGGCAGCUCAAGCUCUCUCGAAACCGCUAGACCCGACUCAACACUCGGUCUCCUACAAUCCCACGUAUGACCAGCUCUGGGCUCCAAUUUACGGCCCUGCACACCCGUAUGCCAAGGACGGUCUGGCACAGGGAUUGCGCAAUCACAAGCUUGGAUUUGUAGAGAAUGCUUCAAUUGAGCCGUUCGUUUUCGAUGAGCAAUACAAUACGUUUCAGAAAUACGGGUAUGCAUUUGACCCCUCUGCGAAUAGCUAUGUUGGGGAUAUGAAGGCCUUGCAGAAGAAUGACGCAAUGUCAGUGUAUAAUAUACCACAGACCGAGCAGAAGAAGAGGAAGCUGGAGAAGAAGAAGGAGAUGGUUGAGAACGAAGAGGUAGAGGAUGAAGGGGAUGCCGAUAUGACGGAAGUGGAUAAUCCUUCCACUGAGGUGUGGUUGAGGAAGAAUAGGAAGAGUCCUUGGUCUGGGAAGAAGGAGGGUCUGCAAACAGAACUGACCGAGGAGCAAAAGAAGUAUGCUGAAGAGUAUGCGAAGAAGAAGGGCGAGGAGAAAGGUGAAAGAGAAAAGGCAGAGCCUUUGGUUGAGAAGACUACAUUUCACGGUAAGGAAGAAAAAGAUUAUCAGGGUAGGUCGUGGAUUGCUCCUCCUAAGGAUGCGAAGCCUCAAAAUGAGCAUUGUUAUAUUCCCAAGAGAUUGGUGCAUACUUGGAGUGGCCACACGAAAGGAGUUUCGGCUAUUCGGUUCUUCCCUAACCAUGGUCAUCUGAUUUUGUCUGCUGGAAUGGAUUCUAAAGUGAAGAUUUGGGAUGUUUUCAAUUCAGGGAAGUGCAUGAGGACUUAUAUGGGACACUCUAAGGCAGUGAGAGAUAUUUGGUUUAGCAAUGAUGGAACAAAAUUUUUAUCUGCUAGCUUCGAUAAUAAUAUUAAGUAUUGGGAUACUGAGACUGGGAAAGUAAUAUCUACUUUUUCCACGGGGAAAAGGCCUUACGUGGUGAGGCUUAAUCCUGAUGAGGAUAAACAGAAUUUGCUUUUGGCUGGUAUGAGUGAUAAGAAGAUAGUACAAUGGGAUAUGAACACUGGACAGAUCACUCAGGAGUAUGAUCAGCAUCUUGGAGCAGUUAAUACUAUCACUUUUGUGGAUGACAACAGAAGGUUUGUGACUUCUAGUGAUGAUAAAUCUCUCCGUGUUUGGGAAUUUGGCAUUCCCGUUGUAAUAAAGUAUAUUAGUGAACCGCACAUGCAUUCAAUGCCAUCAAUUGCGCCACAUCCAAAUGGGAAUUGGCUUGCAGCUCAGAGUUUGGAUAAUCAAAUUCUUAUCUACAGCACUAGGGAGAGGUUUCAGCUGAACAAAAAGAAGAGAUUUGCUGGACAUAUUGUUGCUGGGUUUGCAUGUCAGGUUAAUUUCUCACCUGAUGGGCGGUUUGUCCUGUCAGGAGAUGGUGAAGGUAGAUGCUGGUUUUGGGAUUGGAAGAGUUGCAAAGUGUUUAGAACGUUAAGGUGUCACGAUGGAGUUUGUUUUGGUACUGCCUGGCACCCAUUGGAGCAAAGCAAAGUGGCUACUUGUGGGUGGGAUGGCUUGAUCAAAUACUGGGACUGAAGCAUAGAUUUGUGAUUUUUCAUCAACCUCACUGGCAGAAAAGGUUUCUUGAAUGGAGAGGAGCUGUAGAUAUGAGAAGACAUAUGAGCUCACAGAUAGAUCUUUAAAUUUUAAAAGGCUUUUAAGGCAGCAGCAUGUACUAAAUGUAACUUGUUUCCAUGGUUUCCCUUCUAUAUAAUGUGUACUUCGGUGAAUUUAUGUAUUUCAGUGAUUUUGAGCACCAGGAGGCGCCAAUCAGCCAAUUCAUACGAAAGUGUCUAAACUUAUCUGGAUUUGUUCGUUUGACCUCUUUCAUUUGCUGCUGUUUAUGUGGUAAUGUAGAAUCAUAGCUCAUAACAUGAUUGCUUUCCACUGC